CUGUACACAAACCAACGUGAGGAAGCUGCUAUCUGCUGCUGAAUGAAAGGUGAAGACACUAAUGUAUGGCGUUUAACAGGCAUCAGACUAACGCCUGAUAUAUUUAUAUGUAUGUAUUUAGAAAAAGUGACUGGUUACAGUAGGUGCAGAGGACUAUGAGCUCUUAAGUUGUAAGUGACAGCAAAGAGUCAGCUAAUAGCAUUUUAGGUGCUCCCUGAUGCUGAUUGGACGGAACUGCAGGUUUUUUGGACGGGUUGGGUCUUAUCUUGUCAAACCUUUGGCCUGUUUAUUUAUCAGCUCAAGCACAAUGGCCAAGAGCAAAUUUGAGUAUGUCCGCAACUUUGAAACAGAUGAUACCUGUCUACGAAACUGCUACAUUGUUGUCAGACUGGAUGGACGCAACUUUCACAAGUUUGCUGAGCAGCACAACUUUACAAAGCCCAAUGAUAACCGGGCACUGGGGCUCAUGACCAGGAGUGCCUGCUCUGUCAUGGAAGAGCUUGAGGAUAUUAUCAUCGCUUAUGGUCAGAGUGAUGAGUUCAGUUUUGUGUUCAAGAGGACAUCUAACUGGUUUAAGAGAAGAGCCAGUAAGUUCAUGACCCAUGUGGCCUCUCAGUUCUCCUCCUCGUAUGUGUUUUACUGGAAGGAGUUUUUUGGAGAACAACCCCUCUUGUACCCCCCAGGCUUUGAUGGACGUGUGGUUCUGUAUCCUAGCAACCGUAACCUUAGAGACUACCUUAGCUGGAGGCAGGCAGAUUGUCACAUAAAUAAUUUGUACAACACAGUGUUUUGGACUUUAGUACAGAGAGGGGGACUCACCCCAGCCCAGGCACAGGAGCGCUUAAAGGGAACUUUUGCUGCAGACAAAAAUGAGAUCCUGUUCUCAGAGUUUGAUAUAAACUACAACAAUGAAUCCCUCCUCCACAGGAAAGGCACUGCACUCAUCUGGGAAAAGCAAGACGAAACCGUCACUAAACGUAUGAAGCUACCAAAUGAAGAGGAGAAGGAUGUACAAGUGACGCGGAGCAGAAAGAAGGUCCAGGCCUAUCACUGUGACAUCAUUGGAGACCAGUUCUGGGAGGAACAUCCAGACAUUCUGGAGGACGACAACUGCUAACAUCUCAUUAAUACUGUAGGAUGAAAAUAACUGAAAAACUCUGAGUGGUUAAAGUGGACCCAAACAAACAGGACAGUACUGCUGAUUGAUGCAAAUGAACAUCUAGGAUCAUUUUCCCAUGAAGCUUAAUACGCUGGAAACCCUUGAAAGUGUGUUUUCCAAGACUUAAGUCUUCAGUGAUUGACUUUAUACAACCGAUCUCUCAUGGCUGGAGCAUAUAUUUACUUUACUGUAUUAAACUUUUAUUAAGAUUCCUUUAAACAGGGAUGGUGUUUGUCUUGUUUACAGGAAAGCAGAUAAUUUCCUAAUAUUAAUCUCUUAAUCAAGUGUUGAUGGAAAAUGCUACUGUUUAUAGUCUCUCUGUCCAUUGCUCUUACAGUUGCAUUUCCAAAUAUAUUGCCAUUUGACACCAUGAAUGACAUUUAGAAUACUACCAUCAUUUGAUCUUUCAGCAUGUUAGGCAUGAAUCCAGUUGGUACUUUUGAACAGAGUGGAUUUUAUUGUAUGUGCAGUUUGAGUUACAGUUUACGUUUUUUUUUUUUUUUUUUAAAUAGAAUUCCCAAUCUUUGAAUGUCAAUAAUUCAGAAAACAAACUUGUGCCUGAUAGGUGGUAAAUAUUACUGACAGUAUUCAGCCAGAAGGAGCACAUCUGGGGUAGAAAUAAGCCGAGUGAAGCAGAAGGUAAUACCCUGGCUGUACUGAGUGGCCUUGUCUUGCAGCCAGGACACCAUUUAGAGAUGUGAAUGAAUUCAAUGGGCCUGCACUGUCAUCACUGCUAAGAAUACCUCACACACCCUGCAUACACCCUAUCCUUCUGACAUGUGCUCUGCGGCAUAUUUAUCAUCACACUUAUAAAUGACCGGCUCAGUAUGAAUGGCUGUUGGAGGCUUGAAGUGCUAGAAGCCUACUGUAUUUUGUUACUGUAGUAGGCUCAGUUGCAGUGGGAUACUAGAGCUGUAUUUUUGGUUCUGUGACCUUGUUCAAAGCAUUUCGCUACUGUACUGUCGUUUAUGUAACCAGGACUGAGCUCUUUAGUGGUUCACAGAGUCCUGUUUGAUUUAACGAAACCUCUGUAAGGAAUUUACCUACAUUUUACACAGUACUUCUAUUCAGUAUGCACAAAAACUCUUCUUUAAAAGUACAGACUUUGCUUGAUGAUGAACUGGUUCAGUUUUCUUGGGUUGCUGCCAAACUCCUACUGUCCUGACAUAUGGUUAUAUAGGAAACAAGAAACAUUAGUAAGCACAACAUGUGGAGGCAAGUAGUGAAGUUAUUUAAAGACGCCAUGUGUUUUCAUUCAGUAGCUAUAGUUUGAGGGUACUGUUAGCAGGAGAAUGAAUAAGAUUCCUACAUCCUGGUUGAAACAUGUCAGGGCUGUUUAAAAUAAGAUAUUUCCUGUCUCCUACUCUGAGCGUUAGAGUCCUACUCAGCCUAAUAAACUGAAUAAUGUCAUGUGGGGGAGUUUUGUCAGGUUUGACAGAUAUAACCCUGAUGAGAUCACCAGACUUUCCAGGUCUUGGAACUGGAGGCUUCACAUUUUUGACCAGUAUUAGGCUACAGACUGUAAACCUGCGCUACAGACCAGAAGCAUUACGUCUGCAAGACCGGAGUCUUAAUAGGAAAAUGUGAUUGGAUAAAUGUAAUAAAUGUAAUAAUGAGCA